AUGCUCCGUGUGGCUUUGGCCAUUGGGGUCCUGCUGGCCCUGCUGGGUGACCCAUGGGUGCAGGGCUGCGUGGCCCCACAGGACUUGGUGUCCGAGAUGCUGCAGGACCUGGAGGACUCCGUGGUGACGGAUGAGCUGCCGAACCCCAGUGUCCUGCUGGCCCUGAACCUGGCCGGGGCCUCCAGCAGCCCAGCACACAAGCUGCUGCUCCAGCAGCUGAAGGAGGAUGCUGUGAAUAGCGCUCAGAAAGACAUGGCCUCGGGUGAGGUGGCUCUGUACGUGCUCGCCUUCCUCUCGUCCUGCCAGGACCCACAGCAGGUCGAAGACAUGGGGCUGAGCGUCGACAUGCUCCAAAUCCUGCAGCAGGAGACGGAUAAGGAGCUGGUCAACAUGGACCUGGAAGGUGUCCCCAAGACCACCCUGUACAGCAUCGGCCUGGACGCCCUCAGCCUGUGCCUGGCCGGGGUUGGUGGCUACGAAGAGGCAUCCGUGGUGCUGGCCAAGCAGCUGCUGAGCCUCGGGAGCCAGCUCUCCGUGGACACCCGUGCCAUGGCGGUGCUGGCGCUGGUGUGCACCUACGGGCGGACAGACCUCAACGACGUGCAGGACCUGCUCCAAGAGGUGCUGUCAGUGGUGACCAACAGCUUCCUCGAUGAGCAGGAGGAGAAGGAUGGCCUCAUCGGGAACAUCUACAGCAUGGGGCUGGCCCUGCAGGCGUUGGAAUCCGCAGGGAAGUUUUAUGCCCCUCGGGAGUGGGAUUGUGCCCAAGCCUUCUCCGUGGUGUACAACCACCACUACCAGCUGCCCACAGCCAUUGCCCAGCUCCUGCCCGCCCUGGUGGGCAGGACCUACCUGGAAGCAGCGAGCUUGGAUUGCUCCUCCAGCACCAGGACAUCCCAGCGCCUGCAAACGCGACUGUCCCCAAAGCUGGCCGCAACCAGCGCAGACCCCAUCACGGUGCAAUACUCCAUCAUCAACGAGCUACGGGGGCAGCACUUCAGCUUCACCAUCUCGGUGCAGGUCCCUGAUGGCUCCACGCUGCUCAAGGUGCUGGAGGUAGCGGCCGAGGAGGAGCCCACGGUCUAUAGCUUCCAGACGGAGCAGACGUCCUGGGGGAUCAUGGUGGUGUCCAUCCAUGGGCUGGCUGGGAAUGAGGAUGAUAGGACGUACUGGAAGUUCCUCAGCGGCAGCGAUGCUCUGGAGGAAGGGGUCGGUCUCUACAAGCCUCAGGAUGGGGAGCACAUCCGGGCUGUGUUCAGCACCUACUGA